GCCUUCGGGCCGGAUGACCGACGCCGGCCUUGCCAUCUCGCUUGCCAAGCCAUGGUGGUCAUGGCUUGGGCAGCGGAGUUGGCGGCGUGCAAUUCGAAGAGUCAGUCUCGCCUUGGCAGCUGUAGGCGUCUCCAUGUUGGCGUACCAGAAGCUCCGGCGCGUGAUUCGCAUGAGCCGGCUUGUCAACGAGCAGCUGGACAGGUGGACCAGGAAGGGGCCAGCAAAGGAGCCCGUGGUCGAAUGCGAGGUUCCUGUCGAGCAUGGCGUCACAGGACAAGAUGUUGACCUGGACGUCGUGGAGGUUCCCGUGGGUCUCGCCUUUGAGUGCGAGCGGAUCAGGCAGCAGCUUCGACAAAGGUUUACUUGCGAAACUGAUGUGCAGAUGGUCGAGGCGCUCUUGGCUUAUCUGAAGCAACGGGACGGCGCGGUCCCAGAUGAUGAGGCGCUCUUGCAGCUGCCUUGGAUUGACGUGGCCGCGUUGGCACAGCUCACGUAUUGGUACGACAGGCGACCCCGUGAGACUGAGGAAGUGCAGGAAGCGCAGAAAGAGGAGCGAAAUCGGGACGCCAAGUACGGGCGGUGGACCAAGAAGAUCGGCCGAGAAAAGGUAAUCUACUCUUCCGUUGGCCUCAAAUCCCGUGUCCGGACACGCGGCCAUCUCGGGGCUAAGGUCUUCCGGCGACCGGCUGGGGUGGAUGUCACGCGGCUGUCAACGCUGCAGCGCGCAGCAUCUCUUUGCGGCCACGAGCCUCUGCUGAACUUGGUGGAGUCCACCAUGGACAGCCUGCGUCCGAAGAACGUCGCGCGGAUCGCUUGGUCUGAAGUUGAGACGCACAACUCCAAAGAUGACCUGUGGCUGCUCAUAGAUGGCAAGGUCUACGACGUGACCUCCUUCUUGUCUCUGCAUCCUGGCGGCGGUCAGCUGGUUGUGGACGCCGCAGGGCAGGAUGCCACCUCCUUGUUUGAACGGACCCACGGAGAGGGGCUGAGGUGA